AAAUAAAUGCAGUGGGGAGAGUGAAAGAAGAAGCACAAAAUUAGAUUAGAAAGAGAAAAGAAAGAAAGAAAGAAGAGGGGAAGGAAAAAGACGGAGGCCCACCGCAAAAGCCCAAAAGAACCUCACCUUCUUCAUCGUCUUCGUUGUUUAUGUUCUUCUCGAUCGGUUGUGAAAACCCUAAAUUAAGGUCGGCGAUUGUAGGAUUGUGGUGGAUCUGUUUUGAUCAGUCAACGUGAUGACUUCUUUAAGCAGAGAGCUGGUGUUUUUGAUACUCCAGUUCUUAGAUGAAGAGAAGUUCAAGGAAACUGUGCACAAGUUGGAGAAGGAGUCGGGUUUCUUCUUCAACAUGAGGUAUUUUGAGGAUUCGGUUACUAAUGGAGAGUGGGAUGAGGUGGAGAAGUACUUAUCUGGGUUUACUAAGGUAGAUGAUAAUCGGUACUCAAUGAAAAUAUUUUUUGAGAUCCGAAAACAGAAGUAUCUGGAAGCACUUGAUAGGCAUGAUCAGGCUAAGGCUGUGGAGAUUCUAGUGAAAGAUCUGAAAGUGUUUUCCACAUUUAAUGAAGAGUUGUUCAAGGAGAUAACGCUCCUCUUGACAUUGCAGAAUUUUAGGGAGAAUGAACAGCUUUCAAAGUAUGGAGAUACCAAGUCUGCUAGGGCGAUAAUGCUUGUUGAGUUAAAAAAAUUGAUCGAGGCCAAUCCUCUUUUCCGCGAGAAGCUUCAGUUUCCUAGCUUAAAGAACUCAAGGCUGCGGACAUUGAUAAACCAGAGUUUAAAUUGGCAGCAUCAGCUAUGCAAGAACCCAAAGCCCAAUCCUGAUAUAAAAACACUCUUUGUUGACCAUGCUUGUGGGCAACCAAAUGGUGCUCGGGCUCCUUCGCCAGUUGCUAAUCCAAUAAUUGGUUCUAUGCCUAAAGUAGGUGGUUUUCCACCUAUAGGCGCCCAUGGACCAUUCCAGCCAGCACAAGCACCUAUUGCUUCGCUUGGAGGAUGGAUGACCAAUCCUCCCUCUAUGCCACACCAAGCUAUUUCAGGAGGACCAAUAGGCUUAAGCCCUCCUACUAAUGCUGCAUCCAUGCUAAAGCAUCCUAGGACUCCUCCUGCUAGCAAUGCUGCGUUGGACUACCAAACAGCCGAUUCAGAGCAUGUACUGAAGAGGCCAAGACCCUUUGGGAUGUCAGAGGAGGUCAAUAAUCUUCCCGUCAACAUUUUCCCCGUCACAUAUCCUGGACAGAGCCAUGCUCAUAGCUUGCAUUCUUCUGAUGACUUGCCCAAGACUGUUGUGGUGAACUUGAAUCAAGGGUCUGCUGUUAAGAGCAUGGAUUUCCAUCCUGUGCAACAAACUCUUCUUCUUGUUGGAACAAACAUUGGUGACAUUGCUAUAUGGGAGAUUGGUGGCAGGGAAAGGCUUGCAUUUAAAAAUUUUAAAGUUUGGGAGAUAGGUAACUGUUCAAUGACUUUGCAGGCUUCUUUAGCGAAUGAAUACACUGCAACAGUUAACCGUGUGAUGUGGAGUCCUGAUGGGAACCUUCUUGGUGUUGCAUAUUCUAAGCACAUAGUUCAUCUAUACUCGUACCAUGGUGGUGAUGAUUUGAGGAACCACCUAGAGAUUGAUGCCCAUGUUGGCAAUGUUAGUGAUCUUGCUUUCUCUCAUCCAAAUAAACAAUUAUGCAUCAUAACUUGUGGAGAGGACAAGGCUAUCAAGGUGUGGGAUGCUGCCACUGGCUCUAAGCAGUACACUUUUGAGGGCCAUGAAGCACCUGUCUAUUCUGUGUGUCCCCACUAUAAGGAAAGCAUUCAGUUCAUUUUUGCAACUGCUGUUGAUGGGAAGAUCAAGGCUUGGCUGUAUGACAACAUGGGAUCCAGGGUUGAUUAUGAUGCUCCAGUAUGGUGGAUUACCACAUCUCCAUGCAUCCGAUUUAGUAAAGAAGGGACACUUUUAGCUGUAUCAACCAGUGAAAAUGGGGUUAAAAUAUUGGCAAAUGCUGAUGGUGUUCGGUUGAUCCGUGCUCUUGAUCCCUCCAGAGGUCCUCCUGGUGCUGUUGCCAAGGCACCCAUGAUCAGCACAUAUGGUGCUUCUAGUUCAACUGCUGGAACUAGCAUCAGUAUUGCGGAUAGAACUGCGCCAGUGACGGCCAUUGUUCAACUGAAUGGAGAUAACCGCAACCUGCAAGAUACCAAGCCUAGGAUUCCUGAUGAGCUGGAGAAAUCCAAAAUUUGGAAAUUAACUGAAAUUAGUGAACCUGCUCAAGUUCGUUCCUCGAGGCUGCCAGAUAAUCAACUGUCCGUGAGGAUCAUUAGAUUAAUGUACACAAAUUCGGGAGGUGCAAUUCUGGCUUUGGCAUACAAUGCCGUACACAAACUCUGGAAGUGGCAACGGAACGAGAGGAACGUGACAGGAAAGGCAUCUACUGCUGUCCCCCCUCAAUUAUGGCAACCUUCCAGUGGGAUUCUGAUGACAAAUGAUAUAAGUGACACAAACCCUGAAGAAGCUGUUCCAUGCUUUGCACUUUCCAAGAAUGACUCUUAUGUUAUGUCCGCAUCUGGUGGAAAAAUUUCUUUGUUUAACAUGAUGACUUUUAAGACCAUGACAACUUUCAUGCCCCCUCCACCUGCAGCAACUUUUCUUGCUUUUCAUCCACAGGAUAAUAACAUUAUUGCUAUCGGAAUGGAGGACUCUUCUAUACAGAUAUAUAAUGUUCGCGUUGAUGAGGUGAAAAGCAAACUCAAAGGUCAUCAGAAGAGAGUAACUGGCUUGGCUUUCUCUAGCGUUUUGAAUGUUCUGGUAUCAUCUGGUGCUGAUGCUCAGCUAUGUGUUUGGAGCAUGGAUGGAUGGGAGAAGAAAGCCAGCAAGUUUUUGCAGAUCCCCUCUGGUAGAGCAAUAAAUCCUCUUGCUCAGACACGGGUUCAGUUCCAUCAAGAUCAGACGCAUUUGUUGGUUGUUCAUGAAACACAGAUAGCAAUAUAUGAAGCAUCAAAGCUUGAAUGCGUGAAGCAGUGGGUUUCACCAAAUUUUGCAGUUACUGAUGCGACGUACUCGUGUGAUAGCCAAUCAAUUUUUGCAAGUUUUGAUGAUGGUAGUGUGAGUAUCUUUACUGCUGCAGCACUCAAGCUGAGGUGUCGGGUGAAUCCUGCCGCCUACUUGCCUUCUAACCCAAGCUCCAGAGUAUAUCCACUUGUCGUUGCUGCUCAUCCAUCUGAAUCAAACCAAUGCGCAGUAGGACUUACUGAUGGCGGAGUUUAUGUGCUUGAGCCUCUAGAGUCGGAAGGUAAAUGGGGUACACCACCUCCAAAUGAAAAUGGUGUUGCCCCUGGCAUGAGCUCUGCUGCCACUGGUCUUGAUCAAGCAUCAAGGUAGCGGCAGUGGUCUCUCUGAUGCAAAUGCUCCUGUGCUAUAUUUUCGGGGGGAGCUGUAGAUUUUCAGAUCUAGGAUACAACCUCUUGACGCCAGUGAUAAGAAGUGGCAGUGUCUCCUGUGGAAGCGGAGACGGUAUGGAAGAUCAGUAUUCAGUUAAAGAAGGAAGGAUUCAAAGAAAAGACAAAAUGUUGAUAAUUAUAGGUUAGAUUAGGGAUUCAGUUCAACCUCUGAAAAAUUUUGCCUGUUUAAGUUGUUACUGUCCAAGCACUAAACUAUGGCAGUGUAAUUAUGAAGAGCUCAAGCAAGUCAGUUGAUUUUACUCUC